CGAUAUUUACUCGAUUAUUCGACGAGCUAUCAUCUUCUUUGUGAGUGAAGUCUUUUCGUCUACAAAUUAUUUUGAUUCACUAAAUAUUAUCAUUGAAAAAAAUAAUUUUUCUGAAAUGAAAAGAGAGAAAGAAAUUAUUUCAUUAUUGUUGUUAUUUCUUAUAAAUCUUGUACGUAGUGAUAUGUUUUGUAGUCUCAUAAAUCGAGAGGAUCCUUGUAUUAAUUUGUGCGAAAAAACACCGUUAUCUUUUACAAAUAGUAAAUAUGUUAAAUCAUGCUGUCAACGAGGUUGUAGAUUCUUUAAUUUAGUGGAUUUACAUUAUGGAUUAGAACCAAACAAUUUAAAUGGUACAAGGGAUGCUUGUGAAGCUUCAUGUACAGAAGCAUAUACUGCUCCACAAGAUCGAUAUGCAUGUAGUACUGGUUGUGAUUUUAUGGCUAAGCAACGUGUUUCAAAUUUAUUGUCACUCUUUUCUGUUGCUGUCUAUAUAGAAGAAGGUGUAGAUUCUAACUUAGUUAUAAUGUCACCUGAUAUACCUGAAAAUGAUAUUUUAAGUGAUCCAGGUUUGCGAAAGGAACUUCUUCCAGGGUGGUGGGAUUUCAAUGGAUUUAAAUUACCACAAACAUAUAUUAAAACUGUUCCAUUAGAUGCUGGGACAAUGGAUUAUGGAGUACCAUCAGACUACUCUGGAGAAAAUGACCAAUCAGCUUCAAUACCUGGAUCUGAUUGGCUUCAAUGUGCUUCAAAACAUAUUGGAUUACCACAUUGGCUUUUAGCCUCUGCUAUUGCAGCAGCAGCAUUGUCUGCAUUUUGGUUAUGUUUGUAUCCAGAAAAACUUACUGAUCCUUAUAAAGAAAUAUUAAUUGAAAAGUCUGAUAUUUCUCCAACAGUUGCAUUAUAUGUACCAGAAGCAUCAUUCCAUAAACAGCCUCCUCCAAAAUAUUUUGAUAGUGUUAAUUCAGCAGAAAUUAACAUGAAAGUCUAGCUAAGUGUAUAUUAAUUCUAUCUAAUUUUUUUAACAAUUUUGAGAAAUAUUUAAAUUUCUGUAUAUUAAAACAGUUUUUAAUAAAUUCUUUAUAUUAUGUAUAAUAAGUCUUUAUGAAUACUGCAAUGAUUAAAUAGCAACUGCACAUUCAAUUUUCAACAAAAUUAUUCAUAAAUGAAAUAUAAACUUAUAAGAAUCUAUCUAAAAAAUUUUAAAAAUUAAUUGAAAUUUUUAAAAUAAAAACAAAAAUCAAAAUAAAUAACAAAAUAUUUUCUGGAAAAAGUUUAUGGUGAUAUUAUGAAGAAAUUAUUUUAUACAGAAUAACAUUGUUUUUUAUAAUAGAAAAUAACAAUAUUAUAACUUUAUUUUUUUUCAA